UUUAAAAAAAUUUGAUCCGUAGAGAGAAAAGAAAAAAGAGGUGGAAAGUGGGAGCUCAUCAUAUUGGUCCCAAAAGUAGAAAAAGCAGAAAAGAGGCGAACGGAGAAUCAACAGAGACGAAAAUGGAAGAAUCAACUGAGAUAUUAGAGAGAUCUGUAGCUGCACCGAUGAUAUUCAUUAUGGUCGUAGCUUUCCAGCUCCUUUCUCGCCAUUUCGAAAUCAAUAAAAAGAAAGGUUCUACAAAUUCUGAAGAUAUGCAGUUGCGCGCAGAAAUCAAACAGCUGCUAAAGGAGGCAGGUGCCUUUUCACAGCCUUCAACAUUUGCACAAGCUGCAAAACUGAGGAGGUUAGCUACAGCCAAGGAGAAAGAACUUGCUAAAAAUCAAGAAAUGCGCAGCAAAGAGGCGAAAUUGUCACAUGAUGCAUACACAAAAGGCCUAACUAUUUUACAGGUCUUGAUGUACUUCUUAUUGAUUAUCUGGUUUUGGCGUAUUCCUGUGGCUUCCAUAUCUAAGCAGCUCGUACAGCCUUUCGGCAAGAUGUUGUCUUGGCGAGCUGGAGGUCCUGCCAGUGAUAAUGUUAUGGUGGGAAUUAUUCCGUGGUUGAUACUGUCUACUAGAGUUGGCAAAUCUAUUAGCCGAAGAAUAUUCAAGUAGGAGGAGAAAGUAGAACUGACAUCAGUAUACACAUACACAGACCAAUUUUUUUACUUUCCUUUUGACAUCUAUUAUUUUAUGUUGUAACUGAUUCAUUGGGAUUUGUAGAUUGAAUGUGCUAUACACCUCUGUAAGGAGUACCCUAUUCUUUUUCCACAAGUAGGAACAAAUGUAAUGAGUUAGACGUCAGUUUUUAAGGUUCUCUAUGUCAUUCUUAGUCUCUUGUUUAACAAA